AUGCUCAGUUUAGUGUGUAUGGCUAGAGGGUUUUUUUUCUUUGGGAGAGUGCAUGUGAUCAGUACAGCGCCAAUCAGCACUGUCCAGACAGAGGGUCAGGGGUUCUGCAUUCUCCUACAGCAAAAUAAAAACUCCUCCUACAAGCUUUAACCAGCGCUCAGCUGGGCGCUGAUAGUCACAAGACUGCUCUAACUGUUGAUGAGAAAAGGUAUUUAGCCGUUUAUAUUUACUAAAAUAAUUGCAUUUCCAUGUUCUUUGUACUG